AUGAAAAGCCAACAUACAAAUGUUGAGCAGCUCUGGGCUUCUGAUGGAACUGGAAUUCAAAUACUGAGAGCAGCUAUGAGUUAUAAGCGGUUUUUGUUUUUACAUCGCUGUAUUCAAUUCGAUAAUAUAGAUACUAGAGCUGAAAGGAGAAAAUCAGAAAAAUUAGCUGUCAUCCGAUCCAUUUGGGAUUCAUUUGUUCAAAAUUGCUUGAAAUCUUUUGUAACAAUUGAUGAGAUGUUACAUCCUUUCAGAGGACGUUGCUCUUGGAUUCAAUACAUUCCGAACAAGCCUGCUAAGUACGGCAUCAAAAUAUUCACAUUAUGUGAUGCUGAAACAUUUUAUUGUAGCAAUAUGGAAAUUUAUAUCGGAAAACAGCCGCCUGGACUUUUCACAGUUGAGAAUAAACCAUUAGACAUUGGCAAGCGUCUAGUAAUGCCCAUUGAAAACUCUAAUAAAAAUCUUACCACUGACAACUGGUACACUAGUUUUCCACUUGUUGAUUACUUAUUAGGGAAGAAAAUUACUUUCAUUGGAACUAAAAAUAAAACACUCGUUUCAUAUGUACCGAAGAAAAACAAAGCAGUGGUAUUAGUAUCUAGCCUUCACGAUAAAGCUGAAAUUGAUGGAGACAGUGGAAAACCUGAAGUAAUUCUUGAUUACAAUAUGACAAAAGGAGGUGUUGACACCUGCGAUAAAAUGUGUGCGUCUUAA